UUUGUUUUGGUAAAUAUUUUCGGGUAUUAAAUAGGAAUUUUCUGGUUCAUUAUUCUGUAUAAUUAUUAAUUAUUAUUCAUUUUUAUUCAAAACUGUUGCUUUAUUUGAAAUGAUAUCGUACUAGCACAAAACUCUUCAUCAGAUAAAAAAAUCAUGAAGCCCAGUCCUAAGAAAUCAGCUUCAUCUAAAGUAAAGCAACGUAGCAAAUCAUCUAUCGGUUCUUGCUCUUCAUCCUCAUCAUCGGCGGCAAACGCUCUGAACAAUAAUUACAACAACGUUGGAAACAACAUUACUCCGGUGGGGAGUAAUGUGGUACAUCAUCUGCGGUCCACUGCGGUUACCGGCGGAAGCGAUACAAACUCAUCGGGAAACGAUUUGAAUAAUUCGUCCUCAAUCGGAAAAGAAAAAGGUUCGUACAAAUCCUAUGCUGGGUUUAGUUCUCGAUCAGUGCGUACGAUUUGGGAGCAGCAUGAUAAGCAGGAGACAGAGGUGGCCCCGGAUGUUUAUACCAAACUGGCGGAGGACACAACUUACAAACUAUGGGAACUUGCCAACAAUAUUAAAACCUACAGCCGACACUCUAGCGGCCGGGUGACGUACGAUUUGGUUAACGAGGUGCUGAAGGAUUGUGACGUUCCACCAAUUGUGGGAGCCAAUAAUGAACCAUGGGACAAAAUUGAAUACGAUGGCGUAUACUUUUUCAACUCCGAUGAAGUACUGGAUUUACGGGAGGAAUAUAUAAAAGAUGUUACGAUGGAACAGAGCAAUAUACCAGUAUUAACAACUUCCUGGAUGGCUGAGUCGGCUUUAGCAGAGGAUCUAAUCGAAUUGUACAACAACAUUUGCGAUGCCGUAUAUAUAGGUGAUGAACAAAGCUUCGAGGAGGCUAUUAAUAUUCUGUCCACUAAUGCCCAUGUUCCAUCGUUGAUGAAGUUGCUUUUGACCAAAGUCAUCGAAAUGCUAGGAUUUGAGUACACUGAAUGCACAUUGGAACGUUCGUUGCAGUUUCUGGAAGCCUUAGUGCGAAACUACCAUAUUUCUCAUUCGGAUCUUACAUUGGAACUAAGUCUCCUCAGUCAAAUUUUUGUCAAUCUCCUAUUGGGAGCUGCCAGCUUUAUGCAAGAAAAAUAUAUCCCAACUCAGCAGUUAAACAUCGAGUUGCAGUCCCAGUCACAUACCACACAGGUCCAGCAACCUUUGUCAAUUAAUCAUAACGGCACUGAACCUUCACCACAAGACACAAUGGAUCCGCGUCAGUCAGCUGGUGCUUUCGGUCAUUCAUCCGUUCCUAUGACUAUCAUGGAAGGUGGAAUGCCAGGGCCGUCGGAGGAUUCUAAUAACUCGAACUCUAAUGCAACGGAAGAAUUUCUUCGUAGCAUUGAAAAUAUCAAGGAAGGUCCAGAUGGCAUCGACAUCAACAACAUCAAAGAUGAAUAUGAAGCUUUAUUCUCGAUGGUUCAAGGGCUGGGUAAGCAGGAGGUCGGUGAAGACCAGGAACAUCACAUAAGCGAAGGCAAUGGGUUUCACAUCAAAACCGAAUUCAACAAUGAGUUUGAUGCUUCCACUCAAGGGUUCAUGGUACAGCACCCUGCUCCAAUGAUUGCUGAGGCAGAUAUUAACUACGAUAUUAAGCCGCCGGAGAUGACCGCCAAACUGAAGCAAGAACCCAGUCCAGUAGAGGACCCUGACGACAACGUUAGUCUUCAGAUGUCCGAGAGCACCAACGGCGAAGUGAUCAAUCCCAAUUCAACCACGCUGGAAAGCGAGAACAUCACGACACUGAUUUGUGCGGACUAUUUUGCGGAUGAGGUUUGCCGAGUGAUUGGGCUCUGCUCCAGCAAGUGGGGCUUCCUGGAACAAGAAUGUACCUUCCUGCUAGUGGAACGUUUGCAGCGUUACUUUGGCGGCCACCGGAAGCCAGAGUCGAUCGACUACCAUUGGCUGUCACGUAUUUUGCGGGGUUUGUGGUCGGUCGGUGAGUUUGCCUUCCGUGAGCUGAUACCGUAUUUGGAAAAAAUAGAACCGGAUGUCGUUCCGGAAUUUGUGUACCCACAUUUCAAUAAUGCUGGAUUGUUUCUUCGUGGUAGAAGUGAUAUCUUCCUCUAUGAAUAUCUUUACGAAAUAUGCGGAAACGGUUUGAUGCCGUUCAUAUUUCAGUAUGAACAUCAUAUUGAAGGCAAAUAUCAAAAGUAUCAUCGUUUGCGCGAGAAAGCCAACCAGAACAAGCAAUGCUACAAAAUUUCGCCGAAAGUACUGCUCAACGUUCAUCCCAAACCCUGCCAUCUGAAGCCCCCGCCGACGAUUCACGAUUUCUUCCCCGAUCGAAACGAGAAGCAAUUUCCGCAGCUCAACCAAACCUUGACGUCACGAUUUAACUUUCGAUUUGCCGGUUGCCGUCCCGUGGCAUUGAACUCGAAUAAAACUCGUAUCAGUGGCACGGGCCGGUCAGUUUCUUUAUACGGCAUGGGCGUGCAAGAGAAUCAUGAACACGGGGUUGCACAUCAACAUUCAUCGUUGAGGCAAAACGAUGGUUUGCUGCGAAGUUUCCAGACGAAAGUAGUCAUCGCUAGGAGGAGACUGCUUCGUCCGGACACAAACCAGUGCGGCCCGCGGCGAGUAUAUUGCUAUGGUUCUACGAACUUGUAGGCCUGCUCCACAAUCGCAGUGAAGCGUUUGCGAAAAUUCGAAUAAAUAUGCAACCGACAACAGCA